GAUAAACACAUAAUUUUUUUUCUAACACAACAGCCGUCUCCCACUGCGGCAGGGCGACCCGAAAAUGAAGAUACAGAGCUGAUACUGUGCCCGGAGGAAUGUAGCCCAGCAGUGAUGUUCAGUCGAUCCUUCAUCCCUCCACCCAGUGAGCCAUCCCCCUACAGUGAUACAGGUAUUGACGUCAAGAACCUGGUGAUACAUGUGGAGCGCACCAGUGGCCAUGCAUUGAUGCUUGACAACAUACUGUCAUCGACGCAGCGCGUCAGGGCGGAGCAGGAUCCUCGCAACAUGCGCAACACUUCACCCGCUAUGCCUGGAGGGGAUACCAAUCACCUGGGAUACCGUCGGGGAGAGUGGUCUCCCUGCGGUGUUGGUUUACAGGGAAGGUGUCUGCUGACCCUGGCAACCCAUGACCAGAGAGUGUUCAUCGUUGGCUUAAAUGGCCGACAUUGGGAGAUUUUGUGGGAUGUCUCUGCUCGGUGGCACCAACAUGUCUCCUUCAACAACUGGGCGGCUGUUUCGUCAGUACCAGGCGCCUCCCAGCUGGAGAAAUACACGGCUCGCAUGCACAUGUUGGCUACUGCUGAGUUUCAGUGGACCCCUGUGCACGAAGAUGAGGACGGCAAGUGUAGCAUGUUAAUCGUGAUGACGGUAGGCGGCCACGCAGUCUUCUGGCGAAUACCAGCAAAUUUCACUGGUGCAGAGGAUGUCAGAAUCAUGGCAGUCAAGGAGACUGAUAUGCACCAUAUUUCAGCACUACACUGGUGUGUUGUCACCGACAAAACUGGGUACCUGACCACGGGCACUACUAGUGGACUGGUGAAAAUAUUUUAUUGUCAGUUCAAGGAAGACGAUGUUCUUCUGACGGACUUGGGUCUUGUUUAUGAUACCAAAGACAGAAUGCACAUCAACCAUAUGCGUUUAUCCUGCGUGACGAGUGACCAAUACCUUCUACUGGUCGCUAAACAUAACAUGUUGCUGGCAUUCACCCUCACCCUGAUGCCAGACCACCUUGCUGUCAACAACACCUGCUUUAGCUACGCCGGAAAGUUGGCAAUUUCAGGUAUGUUGUGGCAGACGCUGUUACAGGACAGCCUCACGUAUAAAACACUUUUCUGUGUUUAAUGUUUUUUUGGUUUCAAAUUGAGCCAUU